UGGGUGUGUUGUUCCGUUUUUUACCAGCAGUGGACAGCAGCAAGCAGCAACAGUCUCUCCAGAGGUGGAUGUGGAUGUAUGUGUGUGGGAUUGAAUCAAGGCGAAUUGGGCUGCCACAGGGAAAAGCACAGAACUAAUACAAUAGCGAAACAUGGCUACUGAGGCGCUAUCAGCGUGCACCGGAUCCAGUUUACUACAACCCAUAAGCGAGAUAACCAACCUCCCGUUAGAUCAGGUGAACUUUGUGGCAUGUCAGCUCUGUGCUCUGCUCACGGCAGUUUGGUUCAGACUCUAUCUGCACCCCAGCAAGACCAGUCCUUUUGUGCGGCAUGUGGUGGCCACACUGCUGGGCAUCUACUUUGCUCUUUUCUGCUUUGGCUGGUAUGCUCUUCAUUUUCUGCUCCAGAGUGGCAUUACAUAUGGCAUCAUGAUUGUGACUGGAGUCGAGCACAUGCACAAAUACUGUUUAGUGGUAGCACUGGGAUAUCUUAGCUUCUGCCAAAUCACCCGGGUUUACGUCUUCGACUACGGAAUGUACUCUGCCGAUUUUACAGGGCCCAUGAUGGUCAUCACACAAAAGAUAACCAGUGUUGCUUUUGAGAUCCAUGACGGAAUGGCAAGGAAGGAAGAUCAGCUUAAUCGAGGUCAAAAACUGCUGGCGAUAAGGCGGAUGCCCAGUUUAUUGGAGUACUUCAGUUAUAAUUGUAAUUUCAUGGGUAUUUUGGCUGGACCCACCUGCUCCUAUAAUGAUUACAUUGCCUUCAUUGAGGGCUCCCCCUGUCGCCAUAGAGACCAAGAGACCAAAGGAAAAGUGAACGGAAAGAGCAGGCUGAACGACCCUUCACCAAACACAGCGGUCAUUCAAAAGCUGGCCACCUGCUUCAUCUCUUUGUUGGUCUUCCUUUCUGUCUGCAAAGUCUUUCCUGUGGAGCGUAAUGUUGAUGAUGAUUUUAUCGCCACCACGCCCUUCUAUGCUCAGGUGGUCUACCUGUAUUUGUCCAUGCUGACCACCCGGCCUAAAUACUACUUUGUUUGGACUCUGGCUGAUGCCAUUAACAACGCAGCAGGAUUUGGCUUUAAUGGUUAUGACAGUGAUGGUCUGCCGCGAUGGGAUCUCAUUUCCAACCUCAGGAUCAUGAAUAUUGAGUGCGCGACCAGCUUUAAGGUUUUCCUGGAUAACUGGAAUAUCCAAACAGCACAUUGGCUUAAAAGGGUGUGUUAUGAACGCUGUCCUUAUAACCCCACUGCUGCCACCUUCCUGCUGUCAGCCAUGUGGCACGGGGCUUAUCCAGGCUACUACCUCACUUUCCUCACAGGCAUCGUCAUCACACUUGCAGCCAGAGCUGUAAGGCACAAUGUAAGACCACACUUCUUGGGCUCGCCAACGCACAAGUUCAUUUAUGACAUCAUCACGUGGGCGGCUACACAGAUUGCCAUUUGUUACACUGUGGUACCGUUUGUGCUGCUUUCUGUGGGUCCGUCGCUCAAAUUCUACAGGUCAUGGUACUUCUGCCUCCACAUAGGCUGUAUAUUGUUGGCCAUCGCUCUGCCUGUAAAACCACGUCACCUGCGGCUAAAAGAGCAACAGUCUGCCCUCCAACCAAGCAAGGAGACCACAGACAGCAACCAGAAACAAAAAACUACAUGAGUCGUGCAACAUCUUACCAUAUUUCUACAUACACACAGACUGGGCAAAUGUACCUAUUCUCCAGCCACACAUGAAAAGAGUCGCCCCUUGGCUCAGUAUAGUGGCACCGAGAUUUUUGCGUGAUUUGAGAUAAUGGAAUCGAAUCAGACUGGCAUAAGGAGGAGUUGCCAAGUGAAUGCGGUUAUAUAAAAUUACUUGACCUUGCCUUUGUGAUCCAACUUGCCACAGCACGUAUUAGUGUCCUGACCUAGUGGUCUAGUAUUGGGCUGUAAAUAGGAUUUGCAGGAGACAAAACCUGUACCAAUUGAAAACAAAAAUGAAAACAGUACAGUUUUCAUACGAAAGGAGUAAACAAAAUACAUUUAAAGUUGUCCACAAAAAGACAUAUAGCCGAGUUUUGUUCUCUUGGUGGUGCCAGUAAAAUAGGGCCCUUGGAGUUUUUGUCAUGUUAUGUUUGUUAUGGUCUGUAUUAACGUCUUGUCCAUGUAGUCUUCAAAUAGAGAAAGUUGUAUGUAAUACAUUCCACUUUAAGACCAGAGAUUAUUUUCCCAUAAAUGAAAGUAUUACGUCGUCUCCAUUGGGAGUGUUGAAAAUAAUGUUUGACCUGUACUGGAACGUCGAGUUAACAUUUUGGGAAAAAUACUUGAUAGUACUGUUAAUUGUGUUACCAUUGAAAAUCAAUCAGACAGUGAUUCUUUAUGUAAAGUAUUGCACACUUUGGCCUCAUGGGGUUAGAAGUGAAGCUGAUGUCUGUUUUAAAGUCAGUUGAAAUUGUGUUGGAGGUCCUCUGUCUGUGUGGACCUGAAAGGUUGGGGUUUUUUGCAAAUUAUGUGAAUAAAAGAGGUCUU